AUGGCACCUCCUGGAACUUCCACUAUAGUCGUCCCUCCCUCGUUUUCCCUUGAAAAAUCCACUUCUUUUACUACAAAAAAAGAAAUUCACCCGAGGCCAAUGACCACUCAAUACAUUGCUAAAGUUAACACUCUUUAUCAAAGAGCUGCUGAAGCAUUAAUUUUGCGUCAAUAUGACACUGUUCACAUGAGCUGUCUGUCGGCCUUUUCCGAAUUGUCUCCGCUAUCGUUUACCGAUAAUUCCUCACCAGCCACCCUGAUUACACUGCGUAAAAAAGUCUGGGCACUCUACGUAACAUUUAUCGCGUCCAUUCUUGCCGAAGAGUCACGGAUAAACUCGAUCCACCCCGAGACGAAACGGCUACUAGAGAAAUCAGCGUCACAAGUAGUCGAAGAAGUCUGGGUGCGUGUACGUGACGAAGGUUAUUGCGAUGAAGAGGGUUACGUCGAUGGAGAAGUUGUCAUUGCAUGUCUUUUAGUGAUCAAUUAUUUGUUCAUUGAUGCCGUAUUCCUCCUCCUCUCGUAUUCCAUUGUGAAUAUUGCCAGCGUUUUACUUUGCUUGGGCCAACAAUUACCAAAAAUUGCCAAAGAUAUCAUAGAAAGCUGGCUGUUUUCCAUUCCAGAGAUGGUUUUGCUUCAGUUUGAUUACGCGUCGGCAAAUGGAAUUAAGGGUGAUCCUUUGUUGAAAACUUAUGAACAAAUCGUGGAAUUAUAUGUUCUCCAUAUACUUCCAAGGUUGAAGGAUUGGGGUUAUGCCAGAAGUUUCUUGGAGGACAAUAAUAGAGUUGACGAAGAUCGUAAAAAGGCUGAACACAUUUCUUCUUCCACAAAGCUACCCAAUGGAAUGAAUCAAUCGACUAUAAAUGGACGUAUUUCUCACACUCCUUCGCCUUCAUUACUUGCAGAUAACAGGAAAAAUGGCAGCAGCAACAACAAUGCACAGCUAAUUCGUUCAUCUCUCUCAUCCACCUCUUCAACAGAAGUCGUUGAUACACAAAGGAGACCUACCUCUGUACGAGGAAUAAGAAUUCCAUCUGCGAAUUCUUUCAGUCAGGUAGCAAGUGCGAUAAUAUAUUGCGGUGAAAAAAUGGCACAGAGUUUCACUAUUCCACGGAUAAUUUUCCUUUGCAUAUUCGUUUAUUUAUACAACGGAUCAAAUGCAAAAGCAAGACGAAAAAUAAGCGAAUUCUUUAAUGAAAUACUGGCAAAAAUUUGGGAAACCAUUAAAGCUGGAACUGUUAUUACUUACGUCUAG